AUGCAAAACACAAAUGGGUCGGAGGAAGAAGAGUUUGCUUCAACAGCGCGCAAAAGCAAGCGCAAUGCUUCUUCAAUCACCCGUGUUCUGAUACGGGAAGCACUUUUCUGUAUUUCGCAUGGAGAGUCCACAGACUUCUUUUUGCAGAGCCUGGCAAAGCUGCGCCUUUAUCAGGUAGAUGUGGGUGACAAAUAUGCCUCCAGGCAGUAUCUGCAGCUGGUGGAGAUGGCUUGUGGCCGACUCUUGCAGCUGCAAGAUAGUCAGCAAUUGCAGGAUGUGCUUCCCGGCCUGAAUGUUCAGGCUCCCAUCUCCAUCUGUUAUGAUGGGGUUUCCAUUGGUGACAGCCUCUUCUCCCGCCAAGAGAGCUUUGAGAUAGUGUUUGUCUUCAGUGCAAGUGUCACCACUGGUCAGAUGCAGGCAUUCUUCAUUGGUUGUCCUUCUGAAGGAAUGGACAAGACUGGUGAACGACAGGCCGACUGUGUUGCAAGGGCAUUGGAGCAGCACCCUUGGAAGCUGGGUGCAGGCAACAUCAGAGGCCGCCUGCUUUCAAUGAUCUGUGGGGAUGGUGCCAUAGCCAAAGGUGGGUCGGAGGCACGACACUCUUCGACCGGCUCCGCGAACAUCUUGUCGGAGCGAUUUUAUCCUGGACAACACCAUUUGGUCCAAUGGGAGUUCUUUCAUAGGAACUGUUUGCACUGGCACGAGGAAUGGCUCAACAGUUCGGCCAUGGAACUGGCAGAGUCCUUCUUCGGUCAUGGAGCCACGAGUCAGACCAAGCUGGCCACAAUGGGUCGGAGGCUCCUCUCGAUAGACUUUGUGACCUUCUUGUGUUGCUUCCAGGACCUCAUGGUGUCCCAGCGGAUCUUCGUGCUGAGCCUCCAGCAUACAGCAGACGUCCCGUGGGCUGCCCAGAAAUCCUGGCAGCAGAAGCAGGCCCAGGCAAAAGCAGACCUGGAAGACCUUCACAAGCUGAGGGUCAAGAUGACAAAAGCUGAAGCCCAGCAAGACUUGCAGAAGGACUUGGUGUCCGUGCCCCUGCGUUAUGACACCUUCAACCGCCCCCCAGUCAGGUCGCAAGUCCAAGGCUUGUCACUGUUCCACAAGCACCUCUAUCAGUGUUCGACCAGCCGGUUUGUACCAUAUGCCCAGCAAAUGGUGCAGCAGGGCUUGGCUUCUGUGGAGGGAUUCCUUCAGUUGCUCAUUGCAAGCUAUGAGGAAUACUGGCAUGACGUGGGUGUGCCAAGACAUAUCAGCUCAUUGAACGAAAACCUGGCAACUGUGUGGAACUUUGAUGCCAUGUCCAUGCAGAGAAGCCCCGGGUCUGAGCAUCUGCAGAGCCUGGACCAUGUCUAUGGUAUUUUCAAGCCACGGCUGGCACAUGUGAGGUGGCCGACAUCCCAGGAUUUCCUUCACGUGCAACAUGUUUGGCCCGACCAGAAAGAGAUGCAUCGGCAGUAUAAGGUGUUGUGGAACAAGGUUCAUCUGGACCGCUCUCACUGUGAGUGGCGAUCACCUGUGGAGUGUCGUGCUUCUUUAGUGCAGCCGCCAGCUAUCCUCCUGACAUGUCUCGGCAGAAAACUGCAGGAAGUGACACCAGAAAGAAGGUCGGUCAAAGCUGUCAAUUUGACAUGUCUGGUGUUUUUGAUUGCAAGUUUCCUGUGGAAGCCACCCAGCAGCUUCAAAGUUCGACCAGCUUCAGUUGCUUUGCUGCAGCGUGGUGGUCGACUGGAGACUGGGGCCUUCGCUAUGAUGACAAAGGCACCUUUCAAGCAGAAACUCAUCUUCAUUUCUGAAAUCAGUUGGUCCCUACAGCCUGCUGCUGUGGCUGCAUCCUUUUUUCUGGAGAAGUCAAUGCACCAAUUGACUUCGAGAGCCACAGGUCGGAGGACUCAUUGCUGGCAUGCUGCUUUCUUGCUGUUGGCUUCUACCACUGCUCAGGGAGCCAGCAGUGUUUGUGAGAGGGUCGGCUCCCUCUUACAUGGCCUCGAGAAAGGGGAGAGCUCGAUCCAUCCGGUGAUAGGUGGUGCCCGAGAUGAAGCCAUUGUGGACACACUGGUAGAAGCUUUUCGCAGUAAGAAUCCAACGAUUCAGAGGCAAGCUCAGCACAAAAGGUUUGAGCGUGGGUCGGAGGUCACAGGGAAUCCAACCUUGGAUCGUCGGGUUGAGUUGUCGGACCUCAAGGCCAGCAGCUACUAUUUGGGUCCUCUGGAGCGAUUGCAGGAUGAAGAAACUGCUGUCGGCUUAGAGCAUUUGCUGAAGCAUGCGGCCGAGGAGCGCGCGCGGUCUGAGGCGGUUCACAGACCAGUGUGCUUGGAUGCACAAACACGCUCGGCUUUGAUGAAAGUGGUGACCCAGAGACGUGGCAGAUUGCAGGUCGAUGCUUUACCG